UCGUGACAUCGUCCUCUCUCAACUUCCUUCCCCCUUGAAAUCCUCCCACCCUCACCCUCCUCCAACGAGUCUAUCUCGACCACGAAUCUCCUUUCUCCUCGUGAUCUUUUGUAUUCUCGUCUCUGUUCUCUCUGUCGCCCCGUCGUCGCGAGAACCUCUUCCCGCCAUCUUCCACAUCCCCCCAUCCCUCAUCCCUUUUAUUUGACACCUCAGUCGUAAGCAGCAGCCAUGGAAGAAGAAGUCGCCGCCCUCGUCAUUGACAAUGGUUCUGGAAUGUGUAAGGCCGGUUUCGCCGGUGACGAUGCUCCCAGAGCUGUCUUCCCUUCCAUCGUUGGUCGUCCUCGUCACCAUGGUAUUAUGAUCGGUAUGGGUCAGAAGGACUCCUAUGUUGGUGAUGAGGCACAGUCCAAGCGUGGUAUCCUCACCCUGAGAUACCCAAUUGAGCACGGUGUUGUCACCAACUGGGAUGACAUGGAGAAGAUCUGGCACCACACUUUCUACAACGAGCUUCGUGUGGCCCCCGAGGAGCACCCAGUCCUUUUGACUGAGGCCCCCAUCAACCCCAAGUCCAACAGAGAGAAGAUGACCCAGAUCGUUUUCGAGACCUUCAACGCCCCCGCCUUCUACGUUUCCAUCCAAGCCGUCCUCUCCCUGUAUGCCUCUGGUCGUACCACUGGUAUCGUUCUCGACUCUGGUGACGGAGUUACCCACGUUGUCCCCAUCUACGAGGGUUUCUCUCUUCCUCACGCCAUUGCUCGUGUUGACAUGGCUGGUCGCGAUUUGACCGACUACCUCAUGAAGAUCUUGGCUGAGCGAGGUUACUCUUUCUCCACCACUGCCGAGCGUGAAAUCGUUCGUGACAUCAAGGAGAAGCUCUGCUACGUUGCCCUUGACUUCGAGCAAGAGAUCCAAACCGCCAGCCAGUCCUCCAGCUUGGAGAAGUCGUACGAACUUCCUGAUGGACAGGUCAUCACCAUUGGUAACGAGCGUUUCCGUGCUCCUGAGGCUCUGUUCCAGCCAUCUGUCUUGGGUCUUGAGAGCGGUGGUAUCCACGUUACUACCUUCAACUCCAUCAUGAAGUGCGAUGUCGAUGUCCGUAAGGAUCUGUACGGUAACAUUGUCAUGUCUGGUGGAACCACCAUGUACCCUGGUAUCUCCGACCGUAUGCAAAAGGAAAUCACUGCUCUUGCACCAUCAUCCAUGAAGGUCAAGAUCAUUGCACCACCCGAGCGAAAGUACUCCGUCUGGAUCGGUGGUUCCAUUUUGGCCUCCCUUUCAACCUUCCAGCAGAUGUGGAUCUCAAAGCAGGAGUACGACGAAGCCGGCCCAAGCAUAGUUCACCGCAAGUGCUUCUAAGUGUCUUCCAGACAAUUUGUGCUUACAUCACGAACUUCACGAAUAUGAUCAAUACGGAGAUUCGAGCAAAAUAUCUGAUCCCGAUAUUUUGUUGUCCCGCGACAUGUUUGCAUUCCAAAAAGUUCUGGUAGCGAUCGAGCGAUUUGGUAGUCUCUUUAAGAGAACGGGUAACUGGCUGUUCUUAGCUGGCGGUGUUGCUUGGAGGAGUGGUUAAACGCUGUCGUCUAUCAAUCGGUCAAUCAUACAAAGUUUUUUUUUUUCCUGAUUAGGGUCCCAUUC